CUAAAGGAAAAUCACGUCGCGAAGAGAAACGUGGAUCAGCAGCUAAGAAUUAGGAUUGUGUACGACAGAAGUGUUGAAGACUUGCUGCCUGAGAAAAGACACCUUAUAAAGAAUAAGCUCUUCCCACAAGCUAUAUCCUAUUUGGAGAAGACGUUUCAAGUGCGCAAACCCACAGGUACUAUAUUACUGAGCAGGCAAUGUGUGACAAACCAAUACCUGAGGAGGAAAGCUGACCCUCACAGGUACUGCCAAAAAGCCUGUGCAGACCAUACAAGAUGUGGACCAGUUAUAGUUCCUGAGAAACACCUCCAGCAAUGCAGGGUGUACAACGAGAGUGACUGGCACCGCAGACCCACUGGCUUCCCUGACCAAGAAGGGGUCAGAGAUGCUGAUUUUCUGCUUUAUGUCAGUGCCCUCACUACUGAAAGGUGUGGCCAUGAAAAUAUCAUUGCAUAUGCAGCCUACUGCCAACUGGAAGCCGAAAUGGACAGGCCAAUAGCAGGAUAUGCUAACUUGUGUCCAAAUAUGAUUUCAACGCAAGCUCAGGAAUUCGUUGGCAUGUUGUCCACAGUGAAACACGAGAUCAUCCAUGCACUGGGUUUCUCUGCUGGACUGUUUGCAUUUUAUCGUGAUGAUGAUGGAAAACCUUUGACACCAAGAUAUGCAGAUGGACUCCCUCCUUUUAAUGAAAGUCUAGGUUUGUAUCAGUGGAGCAGCAAAGUCGUUCAUAAGGCAGUGAGGCUGUGGGACGUACGUGGAGGCAAAAUGCUGCGUCAUUCUGUUCAUCUCCUGGUAACACCUCGUGUGGUCGAAGAAGCUCGAAAGCAUUUUAAUUGUCCAAUUCUGGAGGGAAUGGAGCUUGAAAAUCAAGGUGGCAUGGGUACUGAGCUCAACCACUGGGAGAAGAGAUUGCUGGAGAAUGAAGCAAUGACUGGAUCCCAUACACAGAAUCGAGUCUUCUCCAGGAUCACCUUGGCAUUAAUGGAAGACACAGGGUGGUAUAAAGCAAAUUACAGCAUGGCAGAGAAGUUAGACUGGGGGCGCAAUAAAGGCUGUGACUUUGUAAUGAAGAGUUGCAAGUUCUGGAUCGACCAAAAGAGGCAGAAGAGGCAGUUAAUCAGUCCAUACUGCGACACUUUGAGGAGUAAUCCUUUGCAGUUAACCUGCAGACAGGACCAAAGAGCAGUAGCAGUGUGCAACUUGCAGAAGUUUCCAAAGCAAUUACCUCAGGAAUAUCAGUACUUUGACAAUCUUAAUGGAGUACCAGCAGAAGAAUUGCCUUAUUAUGGUGGCUCAGUAGAAAUUGCUGACUAUUGUCCCUUUAGUCAAGAAUUCAGCUGGCAUUUAAGUGGUGAAUUUCAACGCAGUUCAGACUGUAGAAUAAUUGAAAACCAGCCAGAUCCUACCAAAAACUAUGGUGCAGAGAAAUAUGGACCAAACUCUGUAUGUCUCAUUCAGAAAUCUGCUUUUGUUAUGGAACAGUGCAGGAGGAAACUCAGUUACCCUGACUGGGGCAGUGGAUGUUAUCAAGUUUCUUGUUCUCCACAAGGAUUGCACGUUUGGGUCAAGGACACUGCCUACUUGUGCAGCCGCUCAGGUCAGGUGUUAACUGUGAGCAUUCAGAUGAAUGGCUGGAUCCAUGUUGGGAAUCUGAUUUGCCCAUCCUGUUCCGACUUCUGUGACUCCUGUCCCCCAGAGAGGGAUCCUCCAGCUGCUAACUUCACGAGAGCUGCACCCAUUGACUUGUGCUCCUGCUCAUCCAGCCUGGUUGUAACCCUUUGGCUGCUGAUGGCUAACCUAAUUCCCCUGCUGACAGGAUUGUUCCUCUGUGCAUAG